CCAAAUUAAUAGAAAAAAUCAGAAUAAAAGAAAUGAAAAAAGUUGAAUUGUUUUUGUAUACAAGAGGAAUAUCAGUAAUACUUGCAUAUCCUGUAUCGAAAUUAUUUAUUUCACUGACAUUUCUUGCAUUCUUUUUGAAUGGAGGACAAUUAAAUGCUGAAAUUGUGUUUGUCACUAUGAGUUUUUCAGUGUUUAUAUUUACCAGCACUUUUAAUUUAUUUUCUCAAGCAAUGAAUUUAGUUGCAGAAAUUUUGGUUUCAUUGAAGCGAAUUCAGGAUUUCCUUCUUCUUGAAGAGAAAGGCAACAAUGCAUUCGAAAUUAUAGAAGAAAAGGCAAAUUUAACGAAAUGUGGAAUAUGGAUGAACAAUGUCACAGCUGCAUGGAAAAAGGGAACUGAACCAACACUGAAUAAUAUAUCUUUAAACGUGAUGCCUGGAGAAUUAUUAACUGUUAUAGGUCCUGUUGGAUCAGGGAAGACGUCUUUAUUAAUGUCCAUGUUGGGAGAGAUUCCUGUAACUACUGGUAAUGUGUCAUUGAAAGGAAAGAUCGCUUAUGCUUCUCAAGAAGCGUGGGGAUUCAACGAAACUAUUAGAGAAAAUAUCUUGUUUGGUGAAGAAUACGAAGAAGAUAAAUAUGGAAAAGUUUUGUAUAUAACAGCUCUAGAAAAGGAUAUAAGUUUAUUUCCUAAAGGAGAUCUGACAAUUGUAGGAGAAAGAGGAGUGAUAAUGAGUGGUGGACAAAAGGCAAGAAUUAACUUAGCAAGAGCACUAUAUAGAGAUGCCGAUAUAUUCCUCCUUGAUGAUCCAUUAAGCGCUGUUGAUGUUCCAGUAGCAAAACAUAUAUUCGAAAAAUGUAUAAUGGAAUACUUGAAAGAGAAGAUUUGUAUUCUUGUUACGCAUCAAAUACAAUUUUUAAACUCUGCGAGUAAAAUUUUAGUAUUAAAUAAGGGAACAUGUGAAUAUUUUGGCAAUUACACUGAAAUGAUGAAUAGAAAUAUACUUACAGUUAUUUUGUCAGAUCAAAGAAUUAUUGAAAAUAGCAUGGAAGAAGAGACAGCAAUUUUCAACAAUGAAGACAUAAUUGAAAGUACUCAAUCUCAAAUUUGUGAUGGUAUUGGAGAUCGUAACAACAUAGUAAAUGAAAACAACAAAAUACCAAAUGAAGACGAAAGACUUGAAACAGUGGGAAUAUCAGUUUAUAAAGAAUACGUAAAUGCUGGAGCCGGCAUCUUCAUGAAAAUUACUAUAUUAGUAACGCUAGUUCUAUCACAAUCUAUCAUAUGUGGCAGCGACUAUUGGCUAAUCAAAUGGUUGACAGAUACAAGAAUUCACAGCGAAGACAUAGAGAAACUUAAAAAUGUAACAUCUGACACAACAAUAUAUAGCAAUAAUGAAGAAACAAAUUUCUAUCAAAGUGAAGCGUUCAAUAUAUAUGUUUACUUUGGAUGGAUAUGUGCAGUAGUACUAACCUCAUUACUGUCUGGAUUAUUGUUAUACAAAUUCUUUACAACAGCAUCUAUCAAGCUCCAUAGAAACAUGUUGCAUUGUAUUACUCGAACUCCAAUAUCAUUUCUAGAUAACAAUCCCAUUGCGAGAAGUGUGGUAUUUUCUCAUCUGAGUGUAUCUCUUUAUGGACUAACAACAAUUAGAGCCUUUAAAGCUGAAAGUAAAUUUAAAUCCACCUUCAAUAAGUAUCAGGAUAAUCAUACUGCAACGUGGUUCAUUUAUGUUGCUUUAAGUCAAUGGCUUCAUAUAUAUGGUGGUUUAAUUCCUGCUAUAAAUCUGAUUACUACUAUCAUUAUUAUCAAUUUUUCAAUUGAAGCAGCAUCAGAUGAUGCCGGAAGUCAAAUUGGACUUGUUAUUAAUUAUGGAUUAUUUACAUUUAAGUAUCUUCAACAUCUUAUUGGAAUGACAUCUGAAGCGGAAUUUCAGUUCCAGAUGAAUUCGGUCACACGCAUUCUGAACUACAGCAAAUUGGAAUCAGAAGCAUCAUAUGAAAGUUUACCCGAUAAACGGCCAUCCUCGGAUUGGCCACAAAAAGGGGAAAUUCUCUUCGAUAAUGUUUCUGUACAAUAUUCCAAGGAUAAAAACAUUGUUUUGAAGAACAUAGCAUUUCGUAUUCACUCAGGAGAAAAGAUAGGAAUUGUUGGGAGAACAGGAGCUGGAAAGAGUUCUAUAAUUGCUUCGUUAUUUCGCAUGAUUGAGCCAACAGGAACAAUAACUAUCGACGGAAUUGACACAAAAGAUCUUGGUCUUCGGGAUCUUCGUAGUAAAAUAUCGAUAAUUCCUCAAGAUCCGAUGUUGUUUACUGGUCCUCUUCGAAGAAAUAUCGAUCCAUUCAAUGAAUAUUCAGAUGAUCAAUUGUGGAAAGCCAUAGAAGAGGUGCAAUUAAAAGAAGUUAUAAGUAAAUUGCCUGGUAGAUUGGAUACAUAUUUAACAGAAGGAGGACGGAAUUUUAGCGUAGGAGAAAGACAAUUAAUAUGUCUCGCCAGAACAAUUCUUCGUCAGAAUAAAAUUCUUGUCAUGGAUGAAGCAACAUCUAAUAUCGAUAAAAGCACUGAUUCCUGUAUACAGAAAAUCAUUCGGGAGAAAUUCAAAUCUUAUACAGUGUUGACAAUAGCCCAUAGAUUACAUACAAUCAUCGAUUCGGAUAGAAUAAUGGUUAUGGAUACAGGAAUAAUACGAGAAUUUGACUCACCAUAUUCAUUACUGAAGAAUGUAAAUGGAACAUUUUAUAAUUUGGUAAAAAACACAGGAAUAACAUCAAUGAAUGAGUUGUACAGAAUUGCUAAAAAUAAAUAUUAUAUGAAGAAAAGUAUCGAAAGCACAAAACUAUAAAACAGUUGGGUUGUCUUCUGUCAACUUUUGUAGGUUUUAUUCUAUUUUUUGAAAUUUAAUUCGUUUGAGAAUGUGUGUUUAAUGGUAUAAUCAGAAAGAUAUGUAUAAUUUAGAAUUGUUAAAGUUUACAAAUUCGAUAGUGUUAUACAGAUGAACUGUCAUAUAUCAGUAUCGUAAGUGUUAUAAAAUCUAAUAAGCAACUUUUUGAGUAAAUACUAUUAAAUAAUAUAAAAUCUUCACGUUGAAUCUCUGGGACAACAAUGUUUCUUGUUAACUUUUAGCAAGCAAUAAAAAAUUGAUGUAUCACAUUCUGUGAGUUUAGAAGUUAAAAAAACUCUUAAUUUCUGAAAAGAAAGAAUAAUAUUUCUUCAUAAAUUAACUGUUGAAGAGAGGAUGUAUGUCAUAUAACAGAUGAUACUGAGAAACACAGAGUUAAAAAAUUAAAGAAUAGAAAUGAGCAUAAUUGGAAUAAAUUAUAAGAAAGUUUGUUUAUGAGAAUCAUUAGUGAAAUCAUAACCCAGACCAUAAAAUAUUGUGUAGU